AUGGCAACACCGGCUCCAACAAUGCUGACAUCAUUGGCGACAACAAUGACGACGAUGACGUCGUCAACGUCGGCAACAACGGCGACGGCGACAUUGAUGACGGAAAGGACAAGACCUAAAAUGAUCUCAUGCUCCACGCAAUGGGAAAAUCCACGGCGAGGCAACAUGAGCAAAGUAAGUUCACUUGCUGUGUCUACUUUGCCCGCUUCAACUGUGCUGUUUGCGAACGCAAUCACUCCAGCAGGACACAUAUCGCCUGCCACGGCAAGAUGCUUGCCGAUUCCGUUCGCGCCGGUAGGAUACGUACCGAUAUCUUCCGCAUCGGCCCAGCAAGCACCGGCAGGAUACGUACCGGUAUCUUCCGCGCCGGCUUGAUACGUACCGGUUCCACCCGGGCUGGCGGGAUACGCACCGGCUCCGUUCGGGCCGGCGGGAUACGUACCGGCUCCAUCCGGACCGGCGGGAUACAUGCCGGUUUACAAAUAA